AUGCAGUGGGUGAUUAUUUUGUUAGACUGUCAUUUCUAAAUUUUUAUGAAAGACAUGUUCAUUGAUUAAAACUUUUGAAUAAAGUCAUAAUACAAAGUUAAGUUAUUGAGUGAAAUGUGAAUUUAUCGCAAUGUUGUUAUUUUCUAGGGGCCACGAGAUACCUAACUAGGAAGAGCACGAUUUUGAGAGUCAAAUCUACGUUCCAUAUUAAACAUAAAUUAAAAUGGGUAAACAAAAUAGCAAACUCAAACCUGAGGUUUUAGAAGAUCUGAAGCAAAAUACAGAAUUUUCAGAUGCAGAAAUACAGGAAUGGUACAAAGGCUUCUUGAAAGAUUGCCCCAGUGGACAUUUGUCCGUAGAAGAGUUUAAGAAAAUAUACGGGAAUUUCUUCCCAUAUGGUGAUGCUAGUAAGUUUGCAGAACAUGUGUUCCGGACGUUCGACGCGAACGGCGACGGCACGAUAGAUUUCCGGGAGUUCUUAUGCGCACUCAGCGUCACUUCACGAGGCAAGCUCGAGCAAAAACUAAAAUGGGCCUUCUCCAUGUAUGACCUGGACGGUAACGGAUACAUAUCGCGCCAGGAGAUGCUCGAGAUUGUAACAGCUAUUUACAAGAUGGUUGGCUCUGUGAUGAAGAUGCCAGAAGAUGAAUCUACGCCGGAGAAGAGGACGGACAAAAUAUUCCGUCAAAUGGAUCGAAAUAAAGACGGGAAACUGUCGCUGGAAGAGUUUAUAGAAGGCGCUAAGAGUGAUCCCUCAAUCGUGCGCCUGCUCCAGUGCGACCCGCAGUCGCAGUGAGCCGGCCCUUGAACCCCAUCAACAGACACGCUUUCGGCUCGUGCGCAUCUAUCCCAAACUGUUACGAAUACUUAUACUAAAAUAACCCCAGUUAAAUUUGCUUGUAAGAGCUAGUGCGCGACGCAAAUCAUUAAGGCACAUACUUGGAUUUAUGUUCUAUUGAUUGCUCUUGUUUCACUUGGCAUCCGUUAACAUUUCUCAGUAAUUAACAUUAUUUAUUCUUCGCUAUGUAUUUAUACGUUUGUAUUUUAAAUAAAGACAUUAUAUUAA